AGGGUCCUCAACCAAAACAGCUCCUCUCUCAGUCAGUACACACUUCUUUUCUCAAACAAGAAAAGAGACCAAAACUUGUUUGAGCGAUCUAGAGGAGUGUUUGGUUCUUUGGAUAACUAAACAGAGACAAAAAUGGCUAAGUCAUGCGGAGCUCUCUUCCUCUUGGCCCUCAUUGUCCUCUCCUUGCUUCAAACCAUGGUUAUGGCCGGUGGAUAUAAUUAUCCAAUAAAGUAUGACCCGAAACGUUACAGACAAGGAAGCUUGAAAAUUACCCAGUGCCCAUCGGAAUGCAAUAGGAGGUGUAAAGAGACACAGUACCACAACGCAUGCAUUUUGUUCUGCAACAAGUGCUGCAGGAAGUGUCUAUGUGUGCCUCCUGGUUACUAUGGCAACAAACAAGUUUGCUCUUGCUACAACAACUGGAAAACUCAACAGGGUGGUCCUAAAUGCCCUUGAUUCAUCAUCUCUUCUUCCCCAGCUUCCCACUAUCGUAUCGUUCCUUUUUAUAAUUAAAAAAAAAAACUUGGACGAUAACUAAAAUUUCACUUUCAUUAAUGUUUUUUUUUUCUUUUUCUUUUAUAAAAAUGUUUUGGUGUUUCAGUCUAAUUCUAUUUCUGAUGUUGUAAUGGUUAUCAUGUCACUCCUUUUUGGGAUUUUGUUCUAAAUCCUUCUAAAAGAAAUGAGAGUGGCCUAUAUAUGAAUGAUAUUUUCCUUGAAUA